AUGUGCUCUCUGGAAUCACAGAUUUCUGGGAUGUGUUUUUCUAAAGGAAAGUUUGAUCCAAGAAGACUUCCCGCAUUUGGGAGUGUUACAAAACUUACGAAGAAAUUAAAGAACGCAAAAGAUUCACAUCAAACCAGAAAAUAA